CCGGCUCCCGCCCUCCGCCGGCGCGCCCGGGCCGCCGCGGCGCGCCGCCCCCCCGCCCUCGAGCCGCCGAGCCGGAGCCGGAGCCGCGCGCCGAGCGGCCGGAGAAGCCGCAGGGCCCCGCCGAGGCGGCAAGAUGGCGGACUUCCUGCCGUCGCGGUCCGUGCUGUCCGUGUGCUUCCCGGGCUGCGUGCUGACGAGCGGCGAGGCCGAGCAGCAGCGCAAGUCCAAGGAGAUCGACAAGUGCCUGUCGCGGGAGAAGACCUACGUGAAGCGCCUGGUGAAGAUCCUGCUGCUGGGCGCGGGCGAGAGCGGCAAGUCCACCUUUCUCAAGCAGAUGCGCAUCAUCCACGGGCAGGACUUCGACCAGCGCGCGCGCGAGGAGUUCCGCCCCACCAUCUACAGCAACGUGAUCAAAGGUAUGAGGGUGCUGGUGGAUGCCCGAGAGAAACUCCACAUUCCUUGGGGGGAUAACUCAAACCAGCUCAAUGGAGACAAGCUGAUGGCAUUCGAUACCCGGACGCCCCUGACCGCCCAGGGAAUUGUGGAAACGCAAGUUUUCUUACAGUACCUUCCUGCUAUAAGAGCAUUAUGGGCAGACAGUGGCAUACAGAAUGCCUACGACCGGCGUCGAGAGUUUCAGCUGGGUGAAUCUGUAAAAUAUUUCCUGGAUAACUUGGAUAAACUCGGAGAACCAGAGUACAUUCCCUCCCAGCAAGACAUCCUGCUCGCCAGAAGGCCCACCAAAGGCAUCCAUGAGUACGACUUUGAAAUCAAGAACGUGCCUUUCAAAAUGGUCGACGUGGGCGGCCAGCGGUCAGAGCGGAAGCGCUGGUUCGAGUGCUUCGACAGCGUGACGUCCAUACUGUUCCUCGUCUCCUCCAGCGAGUUCGACCAGGUGCUCAUGGAGGACCGCCUGACCAACCGCCUGACCGAGUCGCUGAACAUUUUUGAAACCAUCGUCAAUAACCGGGUUUUCAGCAAUGUCUCCAUAAUUCUCUUCUUGAACAAGACAGAUUUGCUUGAGGAGAAAGUGCAAAUUGUGAGCAUCAAAGACUAUUUCCUAGAGUUUGAAGGGGACCCCCACUGCUUAAGAGACGUCCAGAAAUUCCUGGUGGAGUGCUUCCGCAGCAAGCGCCGGGACCAGCAGCAGAAGCCCCUGUACCACCACUUCACCACCGCCAUCAACACCGAGAACAUCCGCCUGGUGUUCCGCGACGUCAAGGACACCAUCCUGCACGACAACCUCAAGCAGCUGAUGCUCCAGUGACGCCCCAAGGCCCGCCGCCUUCCCGCCUUCCUGUUUUCUGUUCGUUUCAUUUUUAAAAUAGAAGUUUACAGCAGGAAUCAGAACAGUCUUGAUUCUGGGUUUAACUCCUUGGAAAUCUCAGUCCUCCUCCGGCGACUCUGGCCCCUGGCGGAGGGCUGCCCUCGGCCGACACCCACGGGCGCAGCUCCGGCCUCCGUGGACGGGCCCUCCUCCCGCCAGGCCUCAGGCACGCUGUCCUUCCGGCUUUGACCCUUCCACUUCUCAAACAGUGCUCCUGUGGCGCCGAGCAUGGCAGGCGCCCUUAGCGCCGCAGGGCGAGCCCGAGGCCGAGCGCGCGCAGCCCCUGGACCGCGCGGGGCGCCUCGGUCGCCGCCUGUGGCAGCUGCGCCUGUGCCCAGCCUCGGUGGGCUGGUGGGAAAGGAGGGCCGCUGGGGAAGUUUGCUGUGAGCAGCGGCGGUCCGUAGACCUCCCCGGCUUUGGCCUUCACGUUCUUCUGAUUGCUUGUGUCCCCAGCAGUUGUUCUGAGUUUUCUGUGGCUCCUGAAGGCAGUGCCCGGCAUGUGUCUCAGUUCACGUAAGGGUGUCUCCUCUGGCGCGGGUGGAAGCUCCCGUGUGGCUCAGUGCACACAGGCGCGUGCCGUUCCCAGUGUGUUGAUCGGAAGCCGAAAGAGUGGAGGGCAGGCUGCCUCCCCUACUGAGACCUGGCCUCCAGGUGCCACGCAGGGAACACUGGCCGUCGCAGCAGCUAGGAAGCGCAGCCUGGCAGCAGAGCUUUCUGAGUAAACCCAGCCCUUCCCGAGGAUAGUUCGUUUUACUCUCAGACUUUGAGCCCCCGUCUCAGACACGGCAGGUCCCACAGUGGGAAUCCCUGCUGCACCAUCAUGGCCGCGGUUCGGUCACGCUCCUUCCUGUUCUCGUUAGCUCCAGAGGGCAGCGUUUAUGGGGGUUUUGGGGGUUUUUGGAGCUUGCCAAGGGCAAUGUUUUCCUGUCAGACUGUCCAGGAAGCCAUUGCUUGAGGUUCUCGUUCCUUCUCGGUGUGUCUCUUAAGAGGCUGUAUGUGUUGGCAGCACUGUUGUUCGUGGAAUUCCAGGUCUCCUGAGGUGCGUUUGGAAAGGUUCAAGGAUUCUCUCAAGAAUGAGGAGUCGUGUUCAGUUCCUGCUGAAAGAUGGUUACAUGUGACCUCCCCCACCACGCCCCCAAUUAGAACACACCCCAGGGAGCUUUGCUGUUAACAGACGCACCCUCGGAGCACCUCAGAGUGGCUGCUUUUCGGCACUAAGAGGCCCGCCCUGUGGGUUAUGUGUGGUGUUGCAGUCGGGUAGAGGAACAGGUGUACAAGGUGACAGUUUGGAGAGUCUGGUGGUUUUUCUCCCUUUCCUGAAAAUUGUGAUUGACUGUGAUACCUGCUCCUUCACUGCACGGCGGACUGUGUUCUCAGGUGUUUAUAGGCGAGCAGUCCUUGAAAGGCUGGUCAGAGUUCUGGAUCCCCCAGCCCUCCCCGGUCGGGCUCUGGGUCUGUGUCGCGGUUGGGCUCGGAUAGGACUCUGCUGGGACCUGACCAGGGCUUGUCGGGCGCCUGACUUUCCUCGCAUUGGAAGCUCCUCCAUCGCUGCCCCCACGGCCGCCCGUGUGUCCGUGUCCUGGUGAUGCCGUGCUGCUGGCGUGAGCCCCGCCCUGUGACACAGGCGUCCGUGGAGCAGAGCCCUCGCGUGUCUGAGCUCUGUGUCCAGUGCUGCUCACUAAACACAAGUGUGUUGUUUAACCUGCAGAGUGAACCAUUUCAGGGCACAGCACGUGUGCAUUACACGGAGACUUGGGUGGAGGUCUGUGCGUCAGUUUAGCAGGAGGUGGUGUUUCACUCCAGUGAAGGCUAAAGUCAGUUCCGGGUGUGUGCAGUGAGGAGGGAUGGUCUCAAUCAGGUCCUUGUUCAGAUCUCUGAUACAAGCCACACACACUGCCCAACAAAGCAGAAGUCCCCAUUUUGACCACCACAGUCAGAUGUUAGAGCACCAAAGAAAUGGCAUACUAUUCUGAGCAUUUGAGAUUCCUUUCCUGAUGUGUGUGGAGUCUCAGAGUCAACUUUCUUUUAAAGUAAAACCUUGAGUAUAUUCUGAGGCAGUAAAUUACUCAUACAGGCUUGCUGGUUCAGUCUGAAGGCUUUAGUCACAUGUUUUGUGUACUGUAUAUUUAAACCAUAUGAAAGAGUCCUAUACCUGUAUCAUGAAAACCAGAUCUGUUUAAAAUACCACUGUGUGAAGGGGAGAUGGAAAUUAGGGGCCAAGCUGCCAGGGUGCUCAUAGUUUUCCCCGUGCCUGCUCCCCCACCCCAGUCUCUCAAAAUGUAAUUUGAAUUUAAAAUUCUCCACUGUAUUUAAUUUUCUAAGUCUUCAUGGUUACAAUUUGGAGUAAACUGUGCCUAAUUCUCCAUUACAUUCUGUUCUUAGGUCUGAACGUCUUGUUUAAUUCUUAAGAAAUGUCACACAAGUGUCUUCGUUGACCUUGAAGAACCUUACAGUAUACAGAGUUGCCUUAUAAAGCAAAGAACACCUCAAAUUUUUGCCUUUUUUUUUCUUAAGUAGGGAAGAGUUUUUGUCAGAUAUUUUUUCUGAAGAUCCAAAUAAUUUAAAGGCAUGCCUCUGCCACUUAAAUAUUAUUUUUAACAACCCACAUCAUUGCUUGCUGCCAAGUGCUGUAUUAAAAUGGAAUCUUUAGUUGUGUUGUCUGGAACGGGCACCUGAUAGCUGGGGCACAAGAGCAGCCGAAGAAGGUGUCACGGAAGCCGCACCACGUGUCCGCCACACGGCGAAGGUCCUCUGGUUAGGCUCUGGUGAGGUUGCCGAGGGAAGUCCUUGUUCAGUGGUUAGUAUAAAACAGGAAGAAGUCAGAUUCCCUCACCCCAGGAGUGAUUAGAAGUGUUGAUUUACAUGCACAGAAAUCAUGGGCUCCAUAAUUAUUUGUAAGCAGAAAUGAGUAAAUCUUAACUUCCAGCAUCUGCCCAAAUACUUGUAUUUAUGCUUUUGGUAGGAUGUUAUUUUCAGCAUUAGUACAAAUAUCCGGUUAAGCCUUAUUUAUAUGAAGAAUAAAGUUACCAAGUCAUGUUCUGCAAUGUUCUGAAAUUCAAAUCACUGUGAGAGAAACCCUCAAAUUGGUGCUUUCAUUAUAUAAUGAGACAUUGCGGCAAAGCCCCAAACCAAGCCAUCUGAAACAAGAUUCUCUCCUUGCAAUCUGUAGAAGUGUUACUUCUGUACAUGUAUUGAGAAGGCUGCGAAUCAGUGUUAACUCUCCAUUUCCUGUUUGAACCCGUGAAAUCAUGCCUGUAAAUCUCAGUCACGUUUGUAAUAAUCUCCCUAAUAAACCUAGAGAAAGCCACUCCGUUACCUUUUUAUUUCUUUUAAUGAAAGAAAGUUUUAGUUGAGGGAUCAAAAGCACAGCUUCUGCAUGUCUUUUUUUUUUUUUUUUUUUUUUCAGUUGAAAAUCUGGCUUUAUCUGUCUUUCGCAUCAUUUCAGCAUGCAGAGUUACGUUACUCACAGGGGGUCUGUCCACAGGUCUGUGCUGCUGGACUAAAUGUGCUGCUUUUUCCUUCGUCCUUGUGAUAGGAUCCAGACUGGCGCUUCAGUGUAGUAAACACGAGGAAGGGAGGGAGUGUGUGAGUGAGUCUCCACAUUCCAGAUAAACAGGAAGCAUUCCCAUUAUUUUAUGGUACGAGGUUAGGGCUUCAUAAGUUUAUAGAGAGUAAAAAGUGAAGUGAAGUUGCUCAGUCGUGUCCGACUUUUUGCAAUCCCAUGGACCGAGGAGCCUGGUACCUCAGUCCAUGGGAUUUUCCAGGCAAGAGUCCUGGAGUGGGGUGCCAUUUCCUUCUCCAGGGGAUCUUCCCGACCCAGGGAUGGAACCCGGGUCUCCCGAAUCGGAGGCAGACGCUUUACCGUCUGAGCCCCCAGGGAAGCCCAGUAGAUAGUAAAGUCAAGUCUAAACCUGGACACUUGUAAUCAAGUUGAACUUCGUGGAUUUUUCAGACACCGUCAGCUUGCUGCUAGCCUUAGCAGAUAAGUGAUUGUUCACAGAGCUUGCAGUACACCGCUAGCAUUCUGUCUGUACUUGAAUGUAGUUAGCAUGAAGAGCUCAUCCUCGCAGCGUCUAGGUCUAAGCGUCUGAUUUCCAAUGGCAGAGCUUACAUGGAACGAAAAAUGUCAGUGGUAGGGCAGUGAUUUCUGGGUUGGCCAGAGAUUUUGCGACCUUUCCAAAAUGGCAUCAGCUCUGAUAGUGAUGAACGUUUGCAGAUGGACGGAAGCAGGGCCCCAGGGGGCAGUGCGCUGGCAGUCCGUGAGUCUCCUGAUAGCAGGGUGCACCUUACGCAGUCUCUGAUCUGGGCUUUCUCUGGAAAUCCUGUUUGUAGCACUUCUUGCCACAGUUAAGUGUUGUGUUCAUCCUCAGUCAUGCCUGUUGAGGGGUUAAUUCCUGGAAAGGACCUGUAACUGCAGCAGACUAUACCGUUUACCCUUUCUUUACCUCUUACUUGAAAGUAGAAUUGCAAAAUGUUGAAACGGCUUUUCCCUGCUACUCCAGCCUGGUGGAGCUCAUUCACCACCGAAGCCUUAUCAAAAAGUCUUAUUGUGUAACAACCUGGUAGAUACUGUACCUAACAACAUGAUUUGUAUUAGCUCUGUAUCAAAGUAUUUGCGGCUUCAGAUUUUUUAACAUCUCUCUUUUUGUAACUCCGAGAACUGAGCACAUCAUCUGGUCAUUGUUGUACAUUUUUUUUUUUCUGUCAGUGUUUUAGGAUUGGCAAUAAAUUAUCUCUACAGGAGGUCUGAAAGUGGAAAGAAUGACUUGAUAAAAUGAAUUCCUAGCCAUCAAGGCUUUUUAGUUUUGUACAUAUUUUGCAAAAAUUUUGCCUCUUGCUAUUAAUAUUUGCUUUGUAAAAAUUACUGACGUUUAAUAAACAUUUAUAAACUGUUC